UGUUAAGCUUGCAUGUGAUUUGCACAACUUGACUUUAACUGGAAUCUUCUUUUUUUUAAAAAAACUUAUUGAGAAAUGAAAUGAUUGACUAAUAAUUUCCUAUUAUAUAAAAAUCACUUGAAAUUCGUGCAUAACAACGGAUCAACAACAUGCAUAGAAAUUUCCAACUUUCUAAAUAGAAUUCGAGACUUCUUUUAAGAAAGAAUUGAUAAAUUAUAAAUAAACGUUGUUUUUUUAAUUUUAAUGAUCAUUUCUUAAAAUUCUUGAGAAUACUUUAGAUACAACAAUAUGAACACAGAUAAUAAUUCAUUUGACCCUACGCCAGGAUUAAAAUCUAGUCCCGUACCUGUAUUGUUUAUUCCUUUUAAGGAUAAUGAAGAUAAAUGUAAUUAUUGUGCAAAUAAAUACUCCAUGACACUUAAAUUUGAACAAAAAUAUUGCAAAAAUUGUUUAUAUUGGCAUAUUCAAUAUACAAAAAAUACAACCAAUAAUACAUACUUAGAUGUAAAUAUAAGUACAAAUAAUUCUCAGUGCACUGAACAUAAAGCAAUUAGAAACAAUUUUUAUACAAGAAACAUUCAAGAAUGGUGUGAAUAUUGCUCUGAGAUUUUAUAUUUUAGACAAGUAAUCCCAAAUAAUUUAUCAACCAACGAAUUCUUUUUUUCAGAGAGUUAUGUUCAUUAUAUUAGUAAAGGCUUUGAAUUAUAUGAUAAGCGGUCUGGUUGUUAUCAAAUUUCUCCUGGAUGGGUAGAAUCAACUUUGAAUAAAGAGCCUAUUUCUAUUCUACAUUUACCAUGGUGGGAUAAUUAUACACAAUGUGUAGUUUGCACACGAAAACUAAAAUAUGUAAACCAAGUAUCAGAAUCUUACUAUUGUCAAAAGUGGUGUUCAUGUUGCUUUACAAUUUAUACUGGAUGUAGGUAUUGUUUGACAACAAAUAUUAUUUUUGGAAUUACAGAUCAGUCUCAAUGUAAGAAAUGUAAAAGAGUAUCAUUUAUUAAUAUUGAUACUACAAAUAUAAUUAGUGGAAAUUAUAUUAUAGAUGAAUUCCUUGCUUCUACAAGAAUUGACAGCAAUAAUCAACGUUUAAUUGCUAAUUAUGUGAAUAAUGAUACAAAUUUAAAUCCGUUAAAUGUAUAUUUGUUUAUUAGAAACUUAUUUAGUACAGAAAAACAAAUAAUAGAGUGGAUUCCAUAUUCUCAAAUUAAAAAUUUUAAAAAAAUAGCAGAAGGAGGAUUUAGUAUUAUUUAUAAAGCAAUUUGGUCAGACGGUACACAUGAUCUUGAUGUUGCUGUAAAAGAAAUAUCUAAUUCACAAAAUAUCAGCAAAUACGUCAAAUACGUUUUAAAUGAGUUAAAAUCACUUUAUUAUCUUUACGAUUUCAACAAUAACAUUAUUGGUUGUUAUGGUAUUUCACAAAAUCCACUAACAAAAGAGUAUAUGCUGAUAAUGGAAUAUGCAAAAAGUGGAUGUUUAUGGGAUUACUUACAAAAAUAUUUUGCAAAUAUUACAUGGCAACAGAAAAUAACGACUUUAACGGAUAUUUCGUCUGGACUUCAAGUUAUUCACAGAAAUAAUUUUGUACAUCGAGAUAUUCAUGGUGGAAAUAUAUUAUUUUCAAAUUUACGGAAAUAUGGAUUAGCUAAUGGAUUAAAAUGUUGGAAAAUUGGAGACUUCGGAUUAUCACAAUCUGCAAACAGUACUUUAUCUAAUAAUGGAAUAUAUGGAGUGAUCCCCUAUAUCGCGCCGGAAGUAUUUAAAUGUUUUAAAUUUUCAAAAGAAUCCGAUAUAUAUAGUUUGGGUAUGAUUAUGUGGGAGCUUACGACAGGUUAUAAACCUUUCGCUAAUGUUGAACAUAACGUUAAUCUUAUUUAUGAAAUUAUUGAUGGAAAACGACCUGAAAUUACAAAUGAUACACCCGAAUGGUAUGCUAAUUUAAUGAAAAAAUGCUGGGAUUCUAAUCCUUUAAAAAGACCAGAUAUUCGCGAAGUUUGUUGUACUGUUACCAAAUGGUAUCAACUAACUAGUGAAUGGGUUUAUUCUGGAAUCCCUUUUAAUGAUCCUGUAGAUUCAGCUGAUUCAAUUGAAACUAUAAAUCAAGCUGAAAAGAUGAGAUUAGAAUUAAUACGAUCAAAGAAACUUGGACCCGAGUCUAUUGAGAAAUCUCAUCCCAAAACAGUCUUUACAAGUAGAGCUUUAAGUUCACUUAUUUCCAAAUCUUUAACUCUAGAUUUUUCGUCAAGAAAUUUAUUUAAUUUGAAACAAGGUAUAUUAAUUUAA